UAAGAUCAUUAGUGAGGUCAGGCCUGGUGGGUACCAGUUCAUCCCAAAGGUGUUCAGUGGGGUUGAGGUCAGGGUUCUGUGCAGGACACUCGAAUCUACUUCCACUUGUCAAACCAUGUCUUCAUGGAGCUCGCUUUGUGCAUACAGUAUGGGUGUGAUGGUUACGUGUCCACAAACUUUCGUCCAUAUAAUGUAUACUAUACACUACAUAGAAGAUAACAUAUUAGAAUAAGCACAGUAAUAUGAACCUGUGAUCUCUCUUACACCCAGAACUGACCAAUCAGAAUUGAGGAUUCAACAGGGGCUGGAUUAAAAGUGAAAAUAAUGGCAUACACUAAAGAAAUUAUGCCAACUGUGCUUUGUCUCAGCUGGGAGACAAGCCACCUUAAAUAGACUAAAUAGUCCAUGCUUGUUUUAAAAAUGCUUGUUUUCUCUAUGAGAUUCAGAAACCAGGGGUGAAAUCUUGGAGUGUAAGAAGUUAAGCUAUAGAUCUAUAGCUAGAUUUAUCAGAGGAUCUCAACUGAUCAAAUUCCGACCUAAUGUGUCUUAUGCAUAAUGUUAUUCAUAUUUGCAGUGUAAUAUUUUUUUUCUGGUUAGCGUCUAUUUACCUAGACUGUUCUUCUUCUAUAAUUAGAAUCUAGGACAUCCUGCCAAGACAUGACCGCGAUAUGCACCCACUCUGUGGUAACUCCUAUGUUCGAACAAUUAAAUAAGAACUGCAAUAUUUUACUAUUAUCUAUUGCUGCUGUGCCUCGUACAUGGAAACAGUCCUCUUGUCAUCAAGGAUCAUGUUACAACCUGUAUCCUGGUAGUAAACAUUUUUUUGUUAAUGCUGCCACAUGACUAUUAUGGAAAUCUCAACAGGAAGAGAAAGUACGGAAAAGGUCAAGAAAGAAGUAAAAAGGAGGAACACCUGAUGUCAUCAGGAGGAACUGCGGAGGCAUAACAAGAAUUUUGAAGAAAAGAGAAAGUAUUCUUCUGGUUCAGCCACACGAAGCAACUAUCUUUUCAUCAAUCACCGAGCAGUACAGUCAGUCAGGCUGUGGGCAUGGCCAGCAUACAGUAUGCAGUACUGCUCCUGACUUUAGCUGUAGCAGUGCAGGAGUGUAACGGGAUACCAGUGAGAACCAGGUGCAUUUCACAACCACCAUGUGUUGACUUACUAAUUGUUGAGAGAAUGGCUCAGCGUGUCAGCAAGGAUGUGCCAGGUGCAGACAAUGACAACAUUUUAUUAAAGAGCAAAACGUUUGAUAAAAUUCGCAAGAAGAAGCACCUCCACAGUUGUGUCCUAGAAAAAAUCAUUGAAUUCUAUGAGAAUGUCCUAUCCAGUGACCAAUAUAUCCAAAACUACCAUCUUGAUCUGAUCUCCACCUUGAACAGAGUGAGAAAUUGCACUUAUAAGGUGAAGAGUUGUGAGAAGUUGUAUCAAAAGGCUAACCAGCAAACAGAUUCAGAGAUUGCCGAAGCGGAUAUGAAUGCGCAGGAGGUGGCCAUCUUUCAGCUACAAAAACUUAACUACGCCAGUGAAAGAUUAAAUGAUAUAACCAUCCUAGAGACAGCCAUGGAUGAACUGAAAUCUCUUCAUCACUACAUCCCUGGGAGUGCCUUCCGAAAAACAUAUGGCUGAAUAACAUCCCAGUAGACUCCAUACCCAGGCACGUGAGCUUCUGAUUGAUGCAGUGCCCAGAGAGGUCCGAAUAUAUGUCCGAAUAUAUGGGAUGCAAAGUUCUGCAAAGUUCUACAAAGUUCUACUAAAGAGUAGUAUACCGAAUGAAUAAAGUUUUUUGUUUUUUUUACGUGCCUUAACGUAUAUUCCUCUCUACUUAAGUACAACACCCUUCUCCAAUUUUUGUAAGCUUUUUAAUAAAAUCUUUUAUAAAAUUGUUUCACGUGUGAAUUUUUGGAAAAGGCAAUAAUACUUACAAAGCCUGGAGAUACUUACAAAGCCUGGCACUUAAGACGACAACAUGACAACAAUACCACCUCAGUCUUUAACGCUUAUUCUAAAAGCAGCCCAUGUCCAUCAUGAUAUAAACGUAAAACUGUGUGAGGAACAGCUAUGUGAGAAAGUAACGGUUGACUAACCUAAGCGAACAUCAACAUUACAUGCGUCAUGGUGUCAUGGUGGUGGUACAAGAUGAUGGUAUCGUUAUAUAAUUAUUGAACUGACUCAUGAGUGAACACAAAGCCUGCUUUCUGAACAGUAUCUUCAGAAUAUUGUUCUGCUCUUCAAACACAGUCCAUUCAUGCGUGCAUAGGUAAGUUUACACUGUGAUAUAAUUCAAUAUUGGCCGACUGGAGGAAGGCAGAUACCAUCUCCAUAGUAAAUGCAGCACUCUAAAUGAGGUCAAACUCUUAGCACACAGAAUCUUUUGUCACUUUCACGUCCCAUAGGGGGCGCUACACACCGGUCUCGAGGACCGCAAUUUGCAGGUCAGUCAGACCAAAGCAACACGAGGUGAAAGUUGAGGAAAUUUAAAUUAGUCACCAUUUGGUAAUGUGAAUUUGAAUUAAUUAUCAUUCUACAUUUUACCUUUGUGGGAGGUUAAAGUGCUAGGCCUCAUGCAUUCUAGCUCAAAAUAAAAUGGACAAAAGCCUUUUCU